CUUAAGUUCCCAGCGGUGACGCAUCGGGGCGGUGGCCCGGGAAGGUUUAAAAGCUGCUGCAGACCGAAGCAGGCUGUGGGGGGCGGAGUGCUGCAGGCAGGAGUAGGUUUAGGAGGCAGCAAGUCAGAAGAGGGCAAAGGGAGCGAUACACCUGUCAGCAUGGAUGUGUACCAGGUGGCAUCCGCGAACGGGCUGAGAACAGUAAACGCCAGGGAGCUGGAUGGCUGGAUUGCAAACACCCUGCAGCCCAGCACAGCUUUCUCCAUGCAGGUGAAAGAGACAGUGUGGCAAAUCUGUGAAUUCCUGAAGAGGAACUGCUUUGAGGAUAAUAUCCACGUUCAAAAGACCGUCAAGGGUGGAUCAGCAGGAAAGGGCACAGCUCUGAAGAACAACUCUGAUGCUGAUGUGGUGCUCUUCCUCAGCUGCUUACCCAGCUACCAGGAGCAGAAGAACAACAGAAAGGCUAUCCUGGAUUUGAUCAUGAUAAAGCUGAAGGCCUGCAGGGAGACCUUGAGGUUCGAUGUGUCCAUUGGUGAGCCCAGGUACAAGGGUCCUGACAGCACGCCACGCUCCCUCAGCCUUACUCUGUCCUCCAGGGAGACUAGAGAGUCCAUUGAUGUGGACAUCCUGCCUGCCUAUGAUGCUUUGGGGCAGGUGACCCAGGAUGCCCCACCAAAUGCAGAAGUGUAUGUGAGGCUCCUGCAUGCCUGCAGCCACCCCGGGGAGUUCUCCCCCUGCUUCACUGAGCUGCAGAAGAUGUUUGUGAAGCAUUUCCCUGCCAAGCUGAAGAACCUCCUGCGCCUGGUCAAGUACUGGUACAAGGAGCUGCUGAAUCCACAGUACCCCAAUGCUGACCUGCCCCCUAAGUAUGCCCUGGAGCUGCUGACCAUCUACACCUGGGAGGAGGCCACAGGCUCCUCCAGCAGCUUUGACAUGGCUCAGGGCUUCCGCACAGUGCUGGAACUGCUGUGCCGGCACCGGGAGAUCUGCAUCUACUGGGAGAAGUACUACUCGCUCCAGCACAGAGAGAUUGGUGCCCAUGUCAAGGGGUUGCUGCGCAGUCCCCGCCCUGUCAUCCUGGACCCUGCUGACCCCACGGGGAUCCUGGGCCAAGACAAGAACUGGGACUUGAUGGCACAGGCAGCUGCCAGCUACUGCCGCUCACUGCCCUGCCUUGCAAACGUCCAGCCCUGGGAAGUGCAGCCAGCCCGGCCCGUGACCAUUGAGGUGAUGCAGCUGUCAGGCACCAAAAUGAGGCAGCGUGUCAGCCCCUACAUCACCAUCGGGCAGCUGAAGGAGAUGAUCCAGCAGAACUGGGGCAUCUUGCCAUACAGACAGCGCCUGGCACAGCAGGAGCCAGGCAGAAACAGCAUCACCCUACAGGACUGCGAUACCCUGGCCAUGCAUGGCAUCUUCUACAACACCACGCUGGUGCUGCUGCAGACUGAGCCCCAGAAGAUGGAGGUCUUUGUCAAGGAUGAUAAGAAUCGGAGCACUACCUACACGGUGCUGCCCACCGACACUGUCCGACAGCUGAAGGAGCAGAUCCAGGCCCGGCAAGGGCCUUCUGCCAAUGAGCAGCGCCUGACCUAUGGCCGCAGGGAGCUGGAGGACCAGCACACGCUGGCACACUAUGAUGUCAAGCCCAUGAGCACAAUCUACAUGCUCCUGCGGCUUCGGGGGGGUGCAGGCCCCCAGCUCCCCUAGCUCCCUGCCUGCUUGACCUCCUGAGCAUUGCCCUCAGCACCAGCCCAUACCCCUGUGUACCCUCCUGUCAUGCUGGAA